ACUCUCUAGCUCAAACAAAAACAAAACACACCAAAAAAUAUUGAAAAAAAUGGAUCAAGGUCGUAACAUGGACAUAGAGAAGGAAUCAACAACAACCUUUGACUACUCCAAACGCGCUCAAUGGCUACGUGCCGCGGUGCUGGGAGCCAACGACGGUCUUGUCUCCACCGCGUCGUUGAUGAUGGGAGUUGGCGCCGUGAAGCAUGACGUCAAGGCUAUGAUUCUCUCGGGAUUCGCUGGAAUGGUGGCCGGAGCUUGUAGCAUGGCGAUAGGAGAGUUCGUCUCCGUUUACUCUCAGUACGACAUAGAGGUAGCUCAGAUGGAGAGAGAGAGUGGUGAAGUGGAGAAGGAGAAGCUUCCUAGUCCACUACAAGCAGCAGCUGCGUCUGCGCUUGCGUUUUCUGUGGGUGCGAUUGUGCCGCUUUUGGCGGCUGCGUUUGUGAAGGAGUAUAGAGUGAGGAUUAUUUCGGUUGUGACGGCGGUUACGGUGGCGCUUGUGGGGUUUGGGUGGUUAGGAGCGGCGUUAGGGAAGGCACCUGCGGUUAGGUCUUCGGCUAGGGUUUUGUUUGGAGGGUGGUUAGCUAUGGCUGUUACCUUUGGGUUAACUAAGCUUAUUGGGUUAUAUGGACUUUGAAUGGCUCGUGAAUAAUCUAUUGAUAAGAUCAUGAAACGUGACAGUGUGUUUUAGUUUGAUUGUAAUACUUAGAUUUGAUGAUCAUAGUGUCUGAGAGACCUGUUUUACGGUGUAUGUUGUAAACUAUUACGAUGACGGUUCGUUUUAUUUCCGGCGACUUUGAUAGGAAGUUUCUGUAAUAAUAAUGCAAACGUUUAUGUUAAA